UAUAAACCAACUACUGGCUUCUUCUUUAAUACCGACGUUGUCUCUUAUCGCGGUAGGGAUACACAUGGUAUUUUACAGUUUAGCGGCUUACAGUUUGCGGCAUUCGGUUUGAAAUAAUGGAAGUACUAAAGGUUAUACUGUGCUUUUUAAGUCUUGGCACCUUGGAUGCGCAAAAUUACUCGGGCAAAGGAGAAACACCGCAGUAUUGGAAUGACCUUGGCAAAGCUGAUAUUAACAAAGCCAGGAAACUUAAACCGAAUAUCGGUGUGGCCAAGAAUGUUAUCAUCUUCCUUGGAGAUGGUAUGGGUAUUUCCACGGUAACCGCUGCUAGGAUACUUAAAGGUCAACUUCAAGGUCAACCAGGAGAGGAAUCAAAAUUAGUUUUUGAAGAAUUCCCACAUGUGGCAUUAUCGAAGACAUAUAACCAAGAUGCACAAACACCCGAUUCCUCGGCAACAGCGACAGCCUACUAUACGGGCGUUAAAGCCAAUCUUGGCACAAUGGGCUUGGAUGCGAGCGCCCGUCGGUCAAACUGCUCCUUUACGGACGAGGCUAAAAUAGAGAGUAUCCUAGAUUGGUCGUUGGCAGCAGGUAAAUCAGUGGGUAUAGUUACCACCACCCGAGUGACACACGCAACACCCGGCGCUCUGUAUGCCAGCAUUCCAGAAAGGAAUUGGGAGAAUGACAAUGACAUGGCAGACGUUGCUAACUGCAGCGUUAAGGAUAUAGCGGCACAGCUGAUAGAGAACCCGAAUAUUCAGGUGGUUUUUGGUGGAGGACGGUCGAAAUUUUUGAUGAAUAAUACAGAAGACCCGGAAAAUGGCAUCAUAACAGAUGGAAGACUAGAUCGGGACCUCGUUGAGGAAUGGAAGUCCAUACAAAACGGUAAAGACCGCAGAUACAAAUAUGUUUGGAACAAGACGGACUUUGACAACAUCAAUCCACAAGAUACCGAUUACGUUAUGGGUCUUUUUGAAAGUAGCCAUAUGCAAUACGUACUCGACAGAGAUACAGAUGUUGCAGGGGAGCCGACUCUGGCCGAAAUGACGGAAAAGGCCAUUGAUAUUCUAAAGAAAAACGAAAAAGGGUUCUUCCUAUUAGUUGAAGGUGGGCGUAUCGAUCACGGACACCACGCCUCCAUGGCUAAACGAGCACUCCAUGAGGUCAUCGCUUUUGACGAUGCCAUACGGACAGGGGUCACCAAAACCAGCGAGAGUGAUACGCUCAUUGUGACCACUGCCGACCACUCCCACGUAUUCACAAUGGGUGGAUAUCCGUCACGUGGGAAUGAUAUAUUUGGACUAACGGACGACAAAGGUGAACACCUAAAACUAGCGGGAGACAGCCAGCCUUUCACUACCCUGGGGUACACAAACGGACCCGGUGGAUACGCAACAGGACUGAAUGAAUCUAGGCCGAACUUGACCAGUGUUGAUACAGGCCACAAGGACUUCGUACAACAAUCAGGAGUCAAACUCGAAUCGGAGACGCACGGGGGCGAGGACGUUGGAAUCUACGCACGUGGUCCGAUGAGUCAUCUAUUCCAUGGGGUGCACGAGCAAAGCUACAUAGCGCACGUGAUGGCCUAUUCCUCGUGUGUGGGGAGAUAUUCGGACCCGGAGUCGUGCGCCAUGGUCGAUGUGAAAGAGAAUGAAAUUAGCAGCGGCAGUACCAUGAGAAUGACUGUUUGGAUGUUGGCUAUUUCUGCAUUAGUAUAUAUAUGUAUAUAAAGCACCGGGCCCCCUUUUUUGGCAUAAGCUGCUUUUCAAUAAAAUUAUCGUAAGGACAUUUAUCGUAUAUAUUCUGCCCGUACACUCACGGCUGAACCCAAGAACUUUAAAUCAGCGUUAGCCCGUGUCACACUGUAGCGAGUUUCGAUGAACUGAUGUACGGUACCACCAGAAUUUAUACCCAGAUCAAAAUGUGCCUUCCUUUCUUGUUGUUCACUCGUAGUAACUCGCCAUAAUCACGUGCACAUAUCGGUAAAACUCAUCUAGACUCGCUUAAACUCGUAUGUUCUUGGAGAAAUCUUUACGAUAGUCGAUAGUGUCGCACACAGAUCGUACCGAUUUUGCUUAAACUCCAGACAAAUAGAAUCGUCUCGUAUUACUAUCGUAUAACGAUACAUGGGAAAGUGAACUCGAGCAGGUGUCGAACUGAUGUCCCCAGCAUCGGAAAACUCGGUGGCAUCUCGUGGCAUUUUCGGCGAGUUAUAAUUCGUCAGCACUCGUGGAAACUCGCGGUUUCAAUUCCUUACAGUGUGACACGGCCUUAUAACGUUUACAGCUAAGAUAUGUUUUUUUCUUCUUAUUUUUCUAUUUUCAUUAUGAUUCAACACAUAUAAAACAAUGUUGCGAAAGAUGACAUGCACUGAAUAAUUAUAUUAUACCAGCAUACUUUGCAAAACUAUUUAAACAAAUGUUUGAGACUUUAUGCUUUCUAUAUAGUAUGAAAAUAGAGUAAAAAAUCAUUUUAAAAUAUAUGUUAAAUAUCGAUUUUUUUUUCUCUUUACUGUCGCUAAUGAAAUAUGCUUAAUAAAGACUACCACAUCGAGUGGCAAAUUUUAUUAUCAUAAUAUUUUAAUUUAAAAAUAUAAAGGAUUACUUACAUUAUAUCAAAGAUAUUCUUUUGAAAAGGGGCUUUGAGGCGGUAUUCAUAAAAUUUCUUAAGUUAUUUUUUAAAUAAAGUCAACUUCCUCAUAUGUUCAUAGUAAAUUUAGUGGGUUUUUUUAUAUGUGUCUUUCAUAGAAAAGUUUUAUUUUUUUAUUAAUUAAUUGAAAACAAUACAUUUUAGAUAUUUCACAUAGAAAGUCACUUUAUUAUAUGAUAAAAUGACUUAAACUAAGGUAAACGACUUAAGUUAGGAAAAUACUUAAAAUGUUUUAGAAUAUUGACCCUAUGGUAUAUAGCUGUAUUGUAUACGGUACUUAUGUGUGUAUGCUUCUGAGAAAAACGAAAUAAAAUUUUGAAAUAUUUACCAAUAAAACGUAUACAUUC